CCCCGUUCCGCGAUGACUGGCAGCUCUAUGAAUUACAAAUCCGUAGACUUGAUUGGUCCACAUCAAUGACCAAUUGGAUCUUUCAUCUUUCCAAUGGAACUCUGAGCUCUAUCUCUCAACCUUUUAUGUAUCUCUCUCUCUUUUUAACACAUCGAUCGCCUACUUUUCUUCCCUCUCUUCCUUUCCCAGCCUUUGCAGAAGGUUUUAGAAAGCGGAGCAAACAUCGAGAGAUAGAGAAUUACAAGAUUGAUUUUCAUCGAGCAUGGCGUCGUCCUACAGCGGCAGCUUCCAGUCCUCUAGCAGCGGCGGCGGCGGCGACAACAACGAUCACGACGCUCUCGGCGACUCCUUGGCUUCCUUUUUAAACCCACCCGCAACUUCGCCCCCGGGUCCUCCUCCGGUCUUCGACUCUUUCUCCCCUUAUCUCGCCUCUUUCCCUUUCUCCUUCCCUUUCCCCCCGCCGCCGGAGCAUAACUCUCUCCCCCUCGACUCUCCGUGGCCCAAGCCAAUCCACCAAUCGUCUCCUCCUUUCUCCACCAACUCCACUUCCACCGCUGCCCUGCCGUCGGCUUCCGCUCCUCCUCCUCCGUCCGCUGCACCCGAUGUGCCCAGGGGGUCCAAGAAGCGGUCGAGGGCCUCGAGGCGAGCUCCCACCACUGUCCUCGCCACCGACACCUCCAACUUCCGCGCCAUGGUGCAGCAGUUCACUGGAUUCCCGACUCCUCCAUUCGCCACUUCUGCUGCUCCUUCAGGGUCCUUCUCCCGGCCUCGACUCCAUCUUUUCGAAGCCGGCGACGCUUCCAUCUCCACUUACCUUCCCAAACCUCCUUUCCCUUCCUCUUCCUUCUUUAGAACCGCUCCUCUUUCCAAUCUAAACGGUAUUGCCACCGCUGCUUCUUCAUGUAGCUCAAAUCCCAUCUCUGAUGGUCAAAAUCCUAAAUUUGACCCUCCAACUGCAAAUUUCCUCUCUCAAACUCUGCUCCAAUCCGCGACGAGUCUGGUCGGAGACAGUUCGAACUACGCCACGGAAGAAGGCGGCCUUGGCAGCCUCAUUGAAUCCCCACCCCUGAAAAAACAUGGCAAAUCCGAGGCCAAUUAAUCGACCAAGGAGGCUCCAGGAAGAUGCAGAGCAGCGCCGGACAAAAUCCCUCUCAACAAGUCACGGCGAUCAACUAAAGCUCGUCGACCGAGUGAAAAAGAAUGCUUUUGCCACCAACUAACAAUCAACUGGUAAUCAGCAAGAUUAUGAUCUCUGCUUGUUUCGAUCGCUACUCUGCUUGUAUUUCCUUAUAUAAAUCUCCCUUGUAAUGCCAUGAACAAAAUCCUUGACAGCAGUUCCUAUCUA